UUAUAUCGGACAAAUAAUACCCCUUUGUUGUACAUAAUAAGAAACAGAGGUCGUAUAAUAACAACAUCUCGUGACAAAUGAGCUGCUUAGGCAGAAACUACUGUAUAAAAUUGAAAGAUAGAGAAACACGGCAAAGGAUUAUUGCCAAAUUGGGGUCUCUGGUAAUAAAUCCAACCUCCAACUGAGCAAGUAGCUACUAUCCUCCCGCUUCAAUCCCCCUUUCAUUCAAUCAAUCAUUCAUAUUCCAAAAACAACAAACACAAAAACUUUGAAUCUUACUUAAAAAAAAAUUGAGUAGGUGGAAGUGGAAACGUGCCAAACUGCAAACUCCAAACAAAUAAUUGUUACUAUAUAUUGAAAUCAAGUAUCUUCAGCCUCAUUUUAGGAUAUGCUCAAAUAGUAACAAAAAAAAAAAAAUCCGAUCUUUGUCAGAAUUUAACAAACCCAGAAAAGAAAACUAGUGGGAAAAAAAAAUGCCAGAACUUGCACUAAAAUCUGGUACAAGACCACCAUGGAUAGGGUUAGCAGCAGCAGUUUGGGUUGAAUUUUCAGCAGGAAAUUCAUAUAAUUUCCCUCUUUUUUCACCUUCAUUGAAAUCUGUACUGGGUUUUACACAACAGCAGAUUACAAUUCUGGGUGUUGCAAAUGAUAUUGGUGAAAGUGUUGGAAUUUUGCCAGGCAUUGCUUGUAACAAGUUUUCACCUUGGGUUGUUCUUUCUUUUGGUGCUUUGGGUUGUUUUCUGGGUUAUGGACUUCUUUGGCUUGCUGUUUCUCAGACUCUUUCCAAUUUGCCUUUUUGGUUGCUGUGGCUUGCAAUGGUUAUUGGGGCUAAUAGCAGUGCAUUUUUUGGGACAGCUGUUCUUGUCACCAACAUGAGGAACUUCCCUCUGAGUAGGGGCACAGUUGCUGGUCUUCUGAAGGGUUAUGUUGGUCUUAGUGCUGCAAUAUAUACAGAGAUAUAUGGUAUGGUGCUUAAAAAAUCUGAUACUGCCCUACUCCUUUUCCUCACUAUCGGCAUCCCAAUCAUAUGCUUUUCCAUGAUGUACUUCAUCAGACCUUGUACACCAGCAUCUGGAGAGGACACUUCUGAAAAAAGUCAUUUCCUAUUUACUCAAGGGGCAAGUAUAUUUCUCGGAAUUUAUCUCCUCACAACGACAAUUAUUGCUGAUAAACUUUCUGUCCGGAGAGCUGUUUGCUAUGCGUUUAUUGUUGCUAUGGUUAUAUUAAUGAUGGCUCCUCUUGCAAUCCCUAUCAAGAUGACAUUAUUUCCCUCCAAAAACAAACUUACUGGACCUGUUGAUUCUUCAGACAAAUUGGUGUCAGAUACAGAUGAAUCGAUACAAACAGAAUCCUUGCUGGUAAAAUCUUCUUCAGAAUUUGGGGGUUUUCGAGAGGGUGAAGAUGCUUCUGAUUUGGACAUCCUUCUAGCUGUUGGAGAGGGUGCUGUAAAACAAAAAAGGAGACCCCGUAGAGGAGAUGAUUUUACUUUCCGUGAUGUUUUGAUCAAGGCCGAUUUUUGGCUUUUGUGGGUUGUGUACUUUCUAGGAGUUGGUACUGGAGUGACUGUUCUUAACAAUUUGGCUCAAAUAGGUUAUGCCCAAGAAGAGCAUGACACAACCGUACUCUUGUCCCUAUUUUCUAUCUGCAAUUUUGUUGGACGCCUGGGUGGAGGUGCCGUUUCAGAAUAUUUCGUCAGAUUACAUUUAAUUCCUCGGACUGUUUGGAUGACAGUUACUCAACUGAUUAUGGUCGUAGCAUUCCUUUUUUAUGCAUAUGCUCUCACCGGUACCCUUCUUGUGGCAACUGCAUCGCUUGGGAUCUGCUACGGAGUUCAGACUGCAAUAAUGAUUCCAACAGCCUCUGAGCUAUUUGGUCUUAAACAUUUUGGCGUUAUUUACAACUUUAUACAGUUUGGCAAUCCCAUUGGUGCUCUGCUUUUCUCAGGAAUGCUUGCUGGUCAUGUAUAUGAUGCCGAAGCCAACAAACAAGGAGUAUCAAUCUGCAUCGGGGCUUCUUGCUUUAAGCUUACAUUCUUAGUUCUUGCUGGACUUUGUGGGUUGGGAUCCUUAUUAAGCAUAAUACUUACACUAAGAAUCAGACCAGUAUAUCAAAUGCUUUAUGCUGGAGGUUCUUUUCGUUCACGUCAAAGAUCAGAUCAUUGAUGAGAAGGUGGCUGCAGAAAUUGUAGAUCAGAUUAAUCCUGUGCUACAUACUACACAUGUACUCCUUCGUAAAAUUGGUCUGGUACAUUUUGUGAGGUAACUAGUGUCAUUUUUUAUUCUACUUGAACUUUGGAAACCCAGAGAGCAAUGAUUUUAUUUGCCCUGUGAUUUCCAGUUGAAUGUUAUACUUAUUUGUAUUCAAAAUUUUCAGUGUCUGCUGUCAGACAUUGCUCUAGACGCUUGUCUUAAUAAGUUUUUCGCGUUUUCACAACUGGAUUCACAAUUGGAUAAGAUCCAGUGGUCAUCGUCCUAACAAUGUUAUGUACAAUCUUUCUAUACUCCUUUAUAAAUGAAAUCAAGUAAAUGACAUCUAUUGCUUUC